UCCCCAACAGACACCAGGGAAGCCCACUCAGGAGGGAGGAGGCAAGCCGAGGAACAGCCCCGCCCCCUCCGCAAUUGGGAGAGACAUAUAAGAAGGCGGGCAGGCAGCGUGGGGCUCCGAGCGCUCCCGUCCCGUCAUGGGCUUCCCUCCGGGAAAGGGAGGCGAAGGAGAGCCGGAGCGCCCCGCCGCUUCUUCUCUGGGCUCCGGAGGGGCCGCUCAGAGGAUGCCCAAGAUGCCCCAGCCACUGGAGAGACGGCAAGCGGCGAAAGGUCCUCGGUCUUGGCUCGGGCGCUAACUCCGCUUCCCUUGGAGCGGCGCCGCGGAGCGAGGAGGAGAAUGCGCGGUGGCGCCGGGCGGCCCAGGCAGCGCGGGGCUCCGGCCACGAAGAUGGGCUUUUACUCUGCAAAUACGACAUUUCAUUCCAAAAUAACAGAAGCAGAAGAUGUUAUUGUUGGCGUCUUUUAUAUUAUAUUUGGCAUAUGCUCUUUUUGUGGGAACAGUAUCCUCCUCUAUGUUUCAUACAAGAAAAAGAAUCUAUUGAAACCAGCAGAAUACUUCAUGAUCAACUUGGCCAUCAGUGAUCUUGGUAUGACUCUGACCUUGUACCCUCUAGCUGUUACAUCCAGCCUUGCACACAGAUGGCUGUUUGGGCAACAAGUUUGCUUAUUCUAUGCAUUUUGUGGAGUGUUUUUUGGCGUCUGCAGUCUAUCUACGCUAACACUACUGAGUAUAGUGUGUUGCCUAAAAAUUUGCUUUCCAGUUUAUGGGAACAGAUUUAGACGAGGACAUGGUUGGAUAUUGAUAGCCUGUGCUUGGAUCUAUGCAGCCAUUUUUGCCCUUUCCCCACUAGCUCACUGGGGAGAAUAUGGAGCUGAGCCUUAUGGUACAGCGUGUUGCAUUGAUUGGCGUAUGUCAAACACGAAAAAGACAGCCAUGUCUUACUCCACUGCCCUCUUUGUCUUCUGCUUCAUCAUCCCCUGUGGAAUAAUUAUCACUUCCUACACUCUUAUCCUGAUUACUGUGAAGGAAUCCAGAAAAGCAGUGGAACAACAUGCCUUGGGACCCACCAGAAUGAGCAGUGUGCACACCAUUACAGCCAAGCUGAGCAUCGCUGUAUGCAUUGGAUUUUUUGUGGCCUGGAGCCCGUAUGCUAUCAUUGCAAUGUGGGCCGCCUUUGGAUCAAUUGACAAGAUUCCUCCAGUGGCUUUUGCAGUGCCAGCUGUAUUUGCAAAGUCUUCAACACUUUAUAACCCAGCGAUGUGUCUUUUUCUAAAGCCCAAUUUCCGAAGCACCAUUGUCAAAGAUCUUACAGUACUCCAGCAAUUAUGCCUCAAAAGUUGCUUUUGUCCCAGAGGCAUGCAGAACUGUACUUACAGAUCAGCUCUUGAGGCUCCACUGAAAUCAUUUAAAGGAAGAAAUGAAUCAAGCAGUAACUCUGUGCAAAUCGUGGGAGGAUGCUCAUAUUUUCCUUGUGAGAAGUGCCAUGAUCCCUUUGAAUGCUUCAAGAACUAUCCAAAAUGCUGCCAAGGGAGGCUAAAUGUUAUGGAUCAUACUCCUCAAGAAAGCAUAUCAGUGGAUAAUAAUAUGCAAUCCAAAACAAAACAUGCUUCUGAAAAUUAUAUAAAGGUUGUGAUCAGGGGAGAAAAAACCACUGAUACUGAUAAUUUGGAAAUAACAUUAGAACACAUACCUACAGAUACUAUAUUGGCCAACCUUUAGCAUAUGCAGAUUCUUUGAGCAAUAGUUUUAUUGCACAGACUUAAUGAAUGUAAACAUUUUCUAGCCACUAUCCAUUUUAUGCAGUUAUUAUCUUACUGUUCUAGUAGGAUGAAACAAAGCAGCGGAAAUGUGUUAAGAUAUGUUUUGCAUUUGCCAUGUACUUAACAGACCUAUGAGCUUUCAGAACAAACUGUGUUUGCUGCAUCUUAUUUGCUUCAGACUCAUUAGCUUCAGAUGUUAUUUGCAGGCAGUCCCCUGGUUACAAACAUCAGACUUACAAACAACUCAUUGUUAAGAAUGGGGGUGAGACAACAGGAAGAAAUCUAUCCUUUGGAAAGGAAAUUUGUUCCUGAAAGCUUCAGUG